CGUGCGAGUGGCGCGUGCGCGUGUUUCCCGCGCAAAAACUCUGUUUUCAAAAUGGCCAAACACGUUUACUUACUAUCUUGCCUUUGGCUGGCUGUGAGUGCGGCGCCUCCUUCACCCCCGCGGCUCUACCAGCAGCAGGCGCCUGCGCAGCUUCAACAAAUUAACCCUUACGAUUACUAUUUGGAAAAUCAAGAAGUUGCCAACUAUUACAAUCAAGCUCAACAAAAACAAGUUUCAGGAAACCCGAACGCGGGCUCGAACGGCGCUCCCUCCAGACUUGAGACCUUGGAGCCCGACAGUGAGGUCGAGCUGAUCCCCGGGGCGCAGACCCCGCAGCAACCACCACAACAGAAUCCAGUCUCGCCCAACAUACCCGGAUUGGUUCCCGGGCAACGAGUGUUCAUCGUCCAUAUGCCAGUACCGGGAUACAGACCGGGAACUAUUGGAGGUUACCAACCCGUGUACAUUGUGGCCGCAGCUCCCCAGGGUAACUCUGCAUACCCCGCUAAUGGUUACCAAAAUGCGGUUCUCCUGGACCCAUCAGGACAAGCCGUGAUUUCUCCUAUAGUUGGCUACCCCAGACAGUUUGGGAUCGCCCAGGGAGGGAACCCAAACCUCCUCCUCGGCAGUCCACUCAUCAACAGACCUUUUGAUCUGGGGUACCAGGAACCAGUGAUUGCCUAUCAACCUGUGCCUGGCCCUCAAGGCGCUGAAGGUCCUAGAGGAUCAGUCCGUUUGAACCAGUUCGUGGGUCUGCAGGGAGGGGGCAGUCCUGCCAACAAUGCCAGAACCGGGAACAAUGAAUCCGAAGCCCUUACUGAGCCUAAAAGACUAGCUGAAGCCAGCGAGAGCAAUGAAACAAAAGACCAAACAGAAGAAUUGAGACGCCGACCAAACUCUGCUCAACAACGAAACAAAGUCAAGAAGUAAAUAAGACACUUGAAGCCAUGAAAAUAACAACUGACUCAAAACAAGACUACCCUUGGAUUUAAAAGAAAAACACUUCUACUAAACAAAAACAAAUAGUAAUUAAAUCAAAACUGGUUAAUAUUUUAUUUAAACAAUUUGAUAAUUUAAUUUUAGAUACGUAACAAACUGAAAAUAUGAAGAGGGUUUUAUUGUAUGUUAGUAAUCGUAACUAUAGGUGAUACAAAAGUAGUUUUAACAAAAAUGUUCCUGAUUUGAAAUUAAAAUUACGUUACUGCAAAUUGCUCAAUAGGUUCAAAUGAAAAAUCACAUUAAAAAUAGUGAACAUCGUAGUACAGUAAAUUUACAUUAAAAUACAAUGAUACUUCUAUAAUAUUUAUUUGCACGUUAGAGUGAUUGGUUCAUUUGAAAAAAAUGUUCAGAAUUAAAUUAUCAUAAAUUAUACAUUUUUAUCGUACCUGAUUAAUGAAAUAUCAGAU